GGGGCUCGAGAACCGGGUGGCGAGGGUCACCGCGGACGGAACCGUGGUGCCCAUGAUUAGGAUACGCCCGAGCCAUUCUGCGCUAGGAGAAGCAAUCUCCGUUGAUCAGAAGGACUACUACUGCAUUGAGAUCGGCCUGCCUGGUGCUCCCAAGGGACCGACGACCGAGCUGUUCAUGCUGGACACGGCGGCCACUAGCUCUUUGCUCACGCCCAAGGCUAGCCAGCGAUUGGGUGCGAUAAGAACAGGCGUUUCUGCCAUGGGGUCGGCGGGGACGGACGGCAUGUCCGGGCUGUAUCAGGUUUCUCUUGGGGAAGUCAAGGUCGCGGGCCAGUCGUUCGGACAGCUUAAGCCGGUGGUGAUGGAGCUUCCCAUUACCGACAUUACGGGGAAGGGGAGCGAAGGGAUGGAGAAGGGUGUUUCGGGCAUCCUGGGGAUGGACUUUUUGGCGCGAUUCGACGUCAAGCUUGACUUCCAGUCUGGCGACGCCACCUUUGCGAGACCCGGGAGCGCAGCGUCGGGGGGGCUGGGGUCGGGGGACAUGACGGGGAUACCGGGGAGGAUCUUGCCGACCGGGUUCAUGGUGAUCGACGUAAAGAUGAAGCCGACGGAGGCUGGGAAGGGGAGUCCUUCUGGGAUCCCGGCCAUCGUAGACCUUGGGUCAGCCUUCACAAUAGCUAAUUGGCCCGCGGGCAGGCUAGCGGGGCUAGAACCUCACGGUCCAAACGUCAGAUACAAUGGGCAGGUGGUCGCUGGUGCUGCUGCUCCGGGGGAGGUGUACAAGCCCGUCGAGGUGGGCGAGGCCAACAUGGACAUGCUCAUCGGCGCGCGGAAAGAUCUCGGCCAGUCAAACGGGAGCAACCUUAUUCGGUCGCGCGUGGUCAUGUUCGCCGACUUGCCCGGGUUCAAGGCCAUGGGCAUGAGCGGGCCAACAAUCAUCCUUGGUUCCGAUGUUCUCAAGCUUGGCAAAGGGGCGAUGAUAAUCUCCUUCGUUAGCAAGAAGGUUUGGCUCGCCUUGUGAUCUCGAGAACACGAGGAGAUGCCUCGCUGGGGAAACAACGGGCCAGAGGGAUACUUCUGCAUGUUCCCAUUUCGUCGCCAGGCAUGGCAACCAACGAGAGAUUGCCAUAUCUCCGUCCGGUCGACUUUGUCCACCGCUGAACCAGAACCUACACUUUCUUUUGUUGCAGAGAGAUUGGAGUUUCCCCUUGAGCUGUUGAACAGGUCCAACGAGAGCGCUAUUUUGGUGAAGCCGGAUAUUUUCAUCGGAGCAGGAAUAUAAUUUGUGGUUCUUUGUUCGCCGGUGAGGAGACGAUCGCAAUUUCGGAACAAUUGUUUUUUGUGUUUUCUUUUUUCUUUUGGUCGAGGGUGGAUCCCUUCUUAUUUCGUACCGUGGUAUCCCGAGUAGACCCCCUUUUGAAGGGCUCACGGCAACCUGACUCAGUGCGAUGUCGCCCAGGUUUCGACGGUAAACGGGAAUAACCGUACUUCGGCGGCGCCCCCCCCCGCUUAUUUUUUUAGGAAAAUUUUGAACCGAUCGAUUUUUCGUUCCACGUCUCCAUCGGAUUCUAUCGAAUUGAAACCCGUACCCAGCUUGUACGACAGUUUCUUUUUGCAGCAAGUUUUUGAGCGAGGUACUGUAGUCUACAUGUUUUGUGGGACCGACGAGGGCUAUUUCAACACUUUAUAUAUCUUUGUGCGUGUUUUCAGCAUGUGUCUUGGACACAGUGUUUCCCAAACGUUUUUUUCCAGAAUAGAGGUGUUUGCUCGUGUCAGCUUGUUGUUCACGUUCGCUCCGCACGAGUCGGGAGAAGCAGUUUAUGUAUGUUUGUAUAGCUGUACACGACGACGGUGGUGGUUGCGAAAUAUGACAAUUGAGCCUGUUAUGUAGUAGUCGUGAGAGCAAGAGGAAGGGGGAGGACAACAGCGGUACAGCUCGCAGCUACGGCUGCACUACGAAGAGAACGAUGAAAAUAUUUUUUCGGUCUCUUACCUUCUCGCCCGUACUGCUGUUUUGUACGUGUACCGUGUACAAUACUUCGACGUAUGUCAAAG